GUGUAUUUAGGAUAAAAACAAAGGCUAAAAAAAAAACUUCAUACCCAUCGCGAGAGCUGAGAAACGAGUCACAAAAAAAAAAAUUUUUUAGCCUUCGUGUUAGUUUUUUUCAUUUUGCUAAAAUAAAAAUUUACUUCUCGUAGAAAAGCAAAAAAAAAAAAACAACAAAAAAUUCAAAAAGCUGAUUCAUUAUCCAUUGAAUUCUAUAAAACAUCUACAUCGAAUGAAGAACUAAAAAAAUUCCAAGUGAAAGAAAUAUAUCUCGCAAAAAAUAAAAGAAAGUCAAUUUUACAUUCACAAAAUUUCUAACGGUAUUUAUCAUAACAAAAUAAUCAAACAAAAUGCCAGCCGAAGCGCUGCAUAUUAUUACAACCGCAGAAGAUCACACAUUUAUCCUAAAUGAAGAGGCUCUUGCUGAAGCCCUCAACAAGGAUGAAAUUAAGGAUCGUUUUGUGUGUGUGGUUUCGGUGGCAGGAGCAUUCCGUAAAGGAAAGAGUUUCCUCUUGGAUUUCUUUCUAAGAUAUAUGUACUCAAAGUAUGUUAAACAUGAUAUCACAGAUUGGCUUGGCGAUGAGAAUGAACCCUUGUCGGGAUUCUCAUGGCGUGGCGGCUCAGAACGUGACACAACCGGCAUUUUAAUGUGGUCGGAAAUAUUCUUACACGAUUAUCCAAGUGGAGAAAAAGUUGCCAUUAUCUUGCUAGACACCCAGGGUGCAUUUGACAGCCAGAGUACAGUACGUGAUUGUGCAACAGUGUUCGCCCUUAGCACAAUGGUUUCGUCUGUACAAAUUUACAAUUUAUCACAAAACAUACAAGAAGAUGAUUUGCAGCAUUUGCAAUUGUUCACAGAGUACGGUCGCUUAGCGUUAGCCGACUCUGGGAAAAAACCUUUCCAACGAUUGCAAUUUCUGGUGCGUGAUUGGAGUUUCCCAUAUGAGGCCGAAUACGGACCAGAAGGUGGUGAAAAAAUUCUCACAAGAAGAUUAGAAUUGUCCGAUAAACAACAUCCCGAAUUGCAAUCACUGCGUCGACACAUAAAAUCAUGCUUCACCGAAAUUGCAUGCUUCUUAAUGCCACAUCCUGGUCUAACAGUCGCCACAAAUCCAAACUUUGAUGGCAGGCUCAAGGACAUUACACCAGAAUUUAAACAGUCGUUGAGGAAUCUUGUGCCAAUGCUUUUGGCACCAGACAAUCUUAUCACAAAAGAAAUCAGUGGUCAGAAGGUGAGGGCAAGAGAAUUGGUCCAGUACUUCAAGUCGUAUAUGCAAAUUUACAAAGGCAAUGAAUUGCCUGAACCCAAGAGUAUGCUUGUGGCAACUGCAGAGGCAAACAAUUUAACAGCAGUGGCAGCAGCGAAAGAGCUCUAUUCUCAACUUAUGGAAGAAGUCUGUGGUGGAACCAGGCCUUACUUAAGUACAGGACAUCUGGAUGCUGAACACUUACGAAUUAAAGACAAAGCAUUGUUCCAAUUUGCUACCAAGAGAAAAAUGGGUGGCGAUGAAUUCUCGGAAAAAUACCGUGAGCAGCUUGAUUCCGACUUGGAAGAUACAUUUAAUAAUUUCCGAUCGCACAACGAGAGUAAGAACAUCUUUAAAGCAGCAAGAACGCCAGCCGUUUACUUUGCCAUUGCAAUUAUAAUGUACAUUUUAAGUGGAAUAUUUGGAUUAAUUGGUCUUACAACAUUUGCUAACUUCUGUAAUCUCUUAAUGGGUGUUGCAUUGUUAACACUUGCAUUAUGGGCAUAUAUAAGAUAUAGUGGAGAAUUUACAGACAUUGGAUUGAAGUUGGAUGAGUUUGCAUCGUUCUUAUGGGAAAAUUUUAUGAAGCCAGUCUACCAGGGAUGUAUGGAAAAGGGUAUUCAACAUGUGGCUACGCAUGCUGCUGAAGCAGCUGUUGGUGGUCGAUCUGCUGGAUCAAUAAAUGGCAAGGUGAAGAAAUCAUGAGAAUACGCCUAUCCAAGGCAAAAAGCAAUACAAUCACAAAACCAACAGCCGCAACAACCGAUUAGAAAACCCAAUCAGCAGCCAUCUUCUUCGUCGUCGUCGUCGUCUACUCAGCAGCUCAUAACGAAAUCACAAUUAAAAAUAAGCAAUAAUCAUAAUAAUAAUAAUAACAACAACUGCAGCAAAGGUCCACAAGAAGAACCAACAAAUCCUUUAACAUCAAUGUGGGCUUUCUUUGGAUUAUUUCAACGAAAUUCUCCAAACAACUCAGCAUCAGCUUCUGCUGCUGCUCCCCCAGUUGUCCCAGUUAACAACAAUAAUAACAACAACAACGUUACUUCUGCAGCUUCGACUCGCAAGGCCAAGAGAAGACAAAACAAAAAGAGCCCACCGUUAAAAAAAUAAUUAAUUAAUUACAUUGAAUUAAGAUUGAAAUGAGAAACGGUUUGCUCGUGUAUUGUGUUGGUAUGCGCCCUCCAUCCAAGUAUACAAAUCGGCUGCUAAUUCUUAUUCUUAUUGGUUCAUUUCUUUCUUUCUUUAUUUUUUUUU